AUUCACGCAUGCCCGAGCUGCUGGAUUGACAAGUGCAAUUCGAUUUACCCACGACUUAAACUUAUCAUUCGUCACAAAAUACAAUUCCUUUCCGAUUAGAGCUUGCUUUCGAGUGUAGCAAGUAGGCGGUUGACUGUCGUCAUUGUCGGUUGUUUUAUCAAAACGACAGCUAAUUAGGAUUGUUCAGCGGAUGUACGAAGCUGUGUCAUAUCGAGUGCGCAACUACCAUAAUUUUCUUAUCAAAUAGUUGGCGGCGCCACGAGUAGAGCUACAUACGCGCAACGGUUGCUAGAUCUGUUUCAAUCUGUUUUAGCUGGUUCAAAAGCUAUGCUAUGCAAUGAUUGAACUAAGGAGGCCUUACAAAUGUGCAUUAUGCAUUUUUUGUUGUUGUAACGUACAUUUGUUGUUUUCGAAGACCACCGACUUUCAGCGAACUAUUGAAGGUAGAGUAAAUAUUAAUAAUAUUAAACUAUCGAACAAUGAUUAACAGCGAAUGAAUUAACUAUCAGUCAAUGUUUUUUUGUUCGCCCCGUGCCACGCAUUGCUAAUUCGUACGGCAACACUUGUCGAGCUUCAAGCGCAUGAAACGUGAAAGAUUCGAGUGAAAACACGUUUGUAAACCUGCGCCUCAGUUUUGAGCCAUGUUGGAUAUGCUAGUGGAAGAAAAAGAAAACAUGUUUACGACAACAUUUGAUGGAAGCGCAUUUUUCGCAUCUAUGUGUGUCCUCGAUGAAUGAUAAUGGCAUCGAAGAACUGAACUGAAUCAAGCGGGAGAGGAAACUUCGCUUGACUGUAGAACGACUAGACACGGUUUCACGUAAUAGCGCUUGCAGUUUGGAGCAUAUAAACAUGUACGUAACAACAGUAGGCAAUGAAUGUUGGGCGUCCACUAUUGGCAACGAUGGAUGUAGGACAUUGAAACGAUCUCGCAAAUACUUUUUUCUUCAUAAAAUCAAAAAUCUUCUUUUAAAAAAAUCCGCUACUCUCAGCUGGAGUCACACAAACGCUGCAGUAGUAUGUAGCAAAUAGUAAAAAUUACUUAACAUCAAUCUAAUCCGCAGGUAAAACACCGGGACGCUACUUGUUUGGUGUGUGAAACAAUUGGCAGUAAACACGUUCUAGGUGAAGAAAACAUACGCAUCAUGUGCACACACUUUGAUCAGCAACCAAAGUGGAAAUCAGCAACAGAGCGCACCCAGUUCACAGAUGCUGGUGAUUGAACCCGUCGUGCGGUUUGUUCCCCAAACCGUUUACCAUGCUGAUUUCGGGUUGUUGUUUUUCGCCAUUUUCUGUUUUUACGAUGAUGUGGUGCUGUAGUCGCUGCUAUAAUUAUAAAUAUAUUUGUUUUUCGUUUUUAUCCCGUGGCGGUGUUGUUUUACCGCCCGAUUUCCCGGACUAUAUAAACCGAGAAUGUAAAUCCUAUGAAACCUAGCAGUUUCCCUUCAGAGUUUACUGAGCAGUGCAAGAAAGAGGUCGUUUGUUUGUGAUUUUUUUUAAAUUAAUUUCGCACGAACAAUUGUGUUGUUUUGUGUCACGCCAAAUAACAGUGCGUAGUGUUUAUAUGUGUGUGCAACCCUAACAAAGUUGGCCGUGAAGCGACUGAAAGUUUCGGAAUUAAAAUUUUGCGUCUUUAGGUAGCAAUAGUUUCAAAAUGUGUGAUAUUCUAGCAGCGAUAUCCUACAGUUAUGGUUACAAUGAGCGUCCCAGAAAACGGGUUAAAAUAAAUAUGACCAUCCCAUCGAGACCAGCACCGCCACCACCGCAGCGUAAUACGACCGCACCUUUGCGCUACACACCCACGACAGAUUGGGACUUUUGUGCGUUCGAUUCCAGCAGCACGUCAAGCCAACCCGCCACCGGAAAUGGGCAUCAUCAGCAGCAGAGUGUCAAAGCGAAAAAGCCACCACCGCCCAGGCCUCCACCGCCAAAACUGCUCGCUGCUCCAACGGCACCGCUUAAGAAACCGAACCAACCGCAAUCGAUAAACAUUUUGUCCAGUUUGUUUGGCCAUAAACGCGGUUCGAAUGGAGCGACCACAAGCAAACCAAACACCGGCAGUGCUAGUUCGCACCCGAAGCACAACUUUGCUUCCGGUCCUGUGAAAUUGCUUCCGCCUCCAUCGACGAAGCCUACCGCAGGAAAGGUUUCAAAUUUCACGACUUUCACUGAACAUCACAGCAGUACAAACUACGGUUCAUUUGUCCAAUCGUCCAGAAGCACAGGAGCUGGCUCAACCGCCGGUACAAGCACAGAGAUGCAACUGAUAAGCUUCGAUUCACCGCCCAGUUCACCGACCUUUACCCAGAAAUCCUGCAGCGAUUGCAUUAGCGUGGACAGUUUCAGCUCGGACUCGAACUACUCAUCGCCCAACAAUGGCAACAUGUCACAGGCCGAAAGUGGCUUUGAGGAUGAUUUUGUCGCGUGUGCCAGCAGCAACAAUCGGCACCACCAGGUUGGCUCUGGCGUACCGUGGGGUGAUCUGGAUCCGUUUGAUGGUAGCCAUGCUUCGGCUACACCAUCGCCAGCCAUUUACGGUACGAUUCCGCUAGCAUCGGCCCAGAUUCGUGCACCGCUGAUCAACAGCAAACUGCAGCAAUCGGACUUCGUUGAUCCACUGUGCAAUGGACAGAGUGUUUUACCGAAGGUACCAAUAAUGUCAAUGCCGACGAUAAUAAAACCUCCAACCAGCAGUAAUCCAGAAAGCCAAAAAUCCACUCCGUCUCAUUCGGCGACAGUGCGAAACUUUAACGUGGCGCCUAAAAUCAGCGCCCCAGCAGCACGUGCAUACGAUGCAUCAGUGGAGGAUGAUUUCGCCCCGGAUACGGGAGCUUUCGAUUCGCUCACAUCCCAUCCAAUGCCGAGUGUACCGCCACCACCACCGCCACCGCUCGCCGAUGAGACGUACACGGAAGAACCGUACGGUAUUGCACUAUACGACUUCCAGGGUGAAGCGGAUGAGGAUUUGAGUUUUAAGACAAAUGAGAAGAUUUAUCUACUGAAGCGACUGAACGACGAAUGGUAUAUGGGUCGCGACAAACGUGGCCUUGAAGGAAUGUUCCCCGUAAACUACGUCGAGGUAAGGGUGCCACUAGCAGCUAGCAGUACGUCUGAGGAACAACCGCAGGUCAAUGAAACUGUUGCUGCCGUGAAAGUGCGAGCACUGUACAAUUUUAAGGCGGAAGCACCCGAAGAUCUUUCUAUAAUGGAGAACGAUUACGUUGCCGUACUGUAUCAAAUAACACCGGAUUGGCUGUACGGGGAGAUCGAUGGCCGGAGAGGUCAAUUUCCAGCGAACUACAUCGAGUAUGUGCCACCGAAACUACCGCAGAUGCCUACAGCAAGCAGCUAAGCACCAAAUACAACUGAAGCAAGUAUCGAAUCUCGAGUAUUUACAUAUCCUAGAAGCGCGUUUGGCCUUAGUACGGAGCAACAUCGUGAAUGCCGCAAACCUAUUGCAUCACAAAACACAAGAACCAGCCAGCCAGGGACUAAACCACGAAUGGUUUGUCCUUUUUUAAAACACGUAAAGAAGCUGUGAUUUUUUUUGUAUGUAGCGUGCUUGUUUGUGUGGCUUCUUACAAGCGAAAUGAAAACAAAAAACGUGGCUAAGCUCUUUGGUCUAUAAGUGGUCAUAUGUGCGAGGACUGUGUGUGCGCGUAUCCACGAUAAUCGCGCUUUUUUUUAUAAGCCAUCAUUUAUUAAGCGAAUAAGUUGGUGAUAAUUAGGUAAGGAAGCAAGCCACACCACAGAACGAGGCUUCGUGUGCACGGCAUGUGUGUUUGUGUGGUUCUAGCGCAUAUAGGGGAAAAUUAUGAAAUUUGUUUGUAAAAUGCUACUAACAAUGUGUAAAGCAUACCAUUAAAGGAAAAGUCGAAAAAGCACCAAGGCUGAGUAGAAAAACAAUUUACACGGGUGAGCCUCUGAAAAGAUGAUAUUUAGCGUAGAUCACCAGCAAAGCGAACAUAUACCUUGGUACGCGAUGCUGCGCAAUAUUUCGUCCGUGGCCAAAGAGUUGAUUGCACUGCAUAGAGUGGGGCCUAUUUGCGAGGAAGCUGUAGAUGGUCCUUUUGUAGGAGAAUAUUUGUAAUAUAAUUGUCCAUCAAAAAGAAACGUUUAAGGAGAUCUGAAUAAUCCUAGUUCCGCGAAGGAAAGUGGUAAUUUAAAAAAUAGGCACAACAACUCACAAACCAAGCGUGUGUGCAUACUAAUAUGGUGUAUGGUGUUUGGAUGAGAUCCACAUUUACAUAUUACCGGACGUUUUCGUACCAACUGCAUAAGACAUGUGUUUGUAUAUACUUUAAAAAUCGCUGCUAGGCGGUGUCCUGCCGUACAGCAACACUUCAGUGUGCGUCAUUUGUGCGAGGAAUUAGUUAAUAAAACAAAAAACAUUAUAAACAAA